CUUUUAAAAGAGUACAAGUUUCUCUGGUAGUUUCUCCGAUAAUGGACUCCGAUGAUGACAUGCUCGAUGCCUACGAUGAGGAAUCAGGAGAGUAUGAUCUUUACAGCGACGUUGAUGAUGAACACGGCCAUGGUGGUGAAGAUGAUUCCGAUUACAUUCUUGAGGAAGUCGUGGACGAUUCUAUAACUCAUGGCUCUCAGAUUAAUUACGUCGUACUCAAGGAAGAAGACAUCCGGAAACGACAGGAGGAUGAGAUCAAACAACUUUCUACGGUCCUCUCCAUAACCAACGCAGAAGCUAGCGUUCUGCUUCUCCACUACCGCUGGAACGUUAGUAAACUUACUGACGAAUGGUUUGCCGACGAGGACAAAGUUCGGAGAACUGUUGGCGUAUUGGAGGGAGGAGGAGGAUCUGUUGUUGUCGUUGAAAAUCAUCGAAAAGUUAAAUGCGGAAUAUGCUUUGACAAAUUUCGUCGUAAAAAGAUUGUACCCGUAGCAUGCGGUCAUACUUUCUGUUCUACAUGCUGGAACGGUUACAUCACCACAGCAAUCAACGACGGCUCGGGAUGCUUGAUGCAAAAGUGUCCCGAGCCGUCUUGUCACCUUGCUAUCGGCGGCGACAUGGUCGAGAAGCUGGUUUCCGAGGAAGACCUGAGAAAAUACCGGUUGUAUUUUCUCAGGUCUUAUAUCGAAGAAAGCAAGAAGAUGAAGUGGUGCCCCGCUCCCGGAUGCGAGGGCGCGGUCGAUUUUUCCGCGAGCGGGACGAGUAUUAACUACGAUGUUUCGUGCUCGUGCUCGCAUAGAUUCUGCUGGAACUGCAACGAGGACGCUCACAGCCCCGUGGACUGCGACACGGUUUCGCAGUGGAUACUCAAGAACAGCGCGGAAGCGGAGAAUACGGCGUGGAUACUCGCUAACUCGAAGGCUUGCCCCAAGUGCAAGCGGCCGAUCGAGAAGAACCACGGAUGCAUGCACAUGACGUGCGGUCCGCCUUGCAAGCAUGAGUUUUGUUGGCUUUGCCUCGGCGCGUGGAGAGAUCACGGGGACCGCACGGGCGGGUUUAAUGCGUGCAACAAGUACGAGAAGGAUAAGAAACAAGGACUGUACGAUGACGUUGAGAAGAAGCGACAGAUGGCGAAGAGCUCGUUGGAGAGGUACACUCAUUACUACGAACGAUGGGCGAGCAAUGAAAAGUCGAGGGGGAAAGCUUUCGGAGAUCUACAGGUGUUCUUAACGGAGAAGAUUGCGAAGCUUAGUGUGAUUCAGUGCAUACCGGAGACUCAGCUGACGUUCGUCACAGAUGCGUGGCUUCAGAUCAUCGAAUGCAGACGGGUGCUGAAAUGGACGUAUGCGUAUGGGUACUAUCUACCUGAAUCUGAGCGUGAGAAGCGGUGUUUUUUCGAGUACGUGCAAGGGGAGGCCGAGUCUGGUUUGGAGAGGCUCCACAAAUGCGUUGAGACGGAGGUGUUUCAGGGUGCUGAAGAGCGGUCGGAACUAGAGUUUACCGCUUUCCGGGAGAAAUUAUCUAAUUUGACCAGCGUGACGAAGAGACACUUUGAAACUCUGGUGAAAGCUCUGGAGAAUGGUCUCGCUGAUGUCGAGUCUCAAGCGGCUUGCAACAAAGAAACAGAAUCAUUAAAAACAGAAAUAAAAAGCAAAGAAACAACGUCUAAAAAAAGGCGGACGUGA